CCGCGCCAACGCUUUAAUUACGUUUUUGUCCUUGACAUUGGACCACGGCAGCGGAAAGUGAAAAAAAGCGAGUAGAGAAAUCUGAAACAGGAGGAUCACUCGCAGCAGGCGAGCGACUGCAGCGCGUUUUCCCAGCGCUUUAAAUCGCCAAGUGACAGUGUUCAGUGCUUUUCCUAGAAUAAUUAAUACAUUUAUUACAUUAAUAUGCGGUUGUAUAUAACGACCCAUUCGCCGUCGCUGGCCAUCCUGCUCGCCCUGGUCUGUCUCCUGCCACGCCUCUCCGCCAUCGAUGCUGUUCGGGGCGGGGCCGCCGUUGUGGUUGCCGACGACGAUGAUGAUGAAACCAUGGAGUAUGCCCCACAAUUUGAACAUCCCGGCUAUGCCUUUAGCUAUGGCGUCAAGGAUCUACAUACUGGCGAUGUCAAGUCCCAGUGGGAGUCCCGCGACGGUGAUGGCGUCAAGGGACACUAUAGUAUCCUCGAGCCCGACGGAUCCAUUCGAACCGUUCACUAUACGGCGGAUGCCAAGAAGGGAUUUAAUGCCAUUGUCAAGACUGUGGGUGCCAAUUCGCAUCCGAUCACCGAGACCCCGGAGGGAAGUAAUCAGCUCAACGACGACACCUCGCAGUCGAAGAUAAAUCACUACAGCAAGGAUCAGGAGCACAUUGUCCUGAGCUCCGACAUCAAGCCUCUGAAGAAACCCAUUGAGGACUUGACGCACUCGCACCCGAAGAUUCCCAGCCUGAUUGAGAUCAAGCCGCAUGCCAGGAUCAAGCAGGUGCCCAUGGACAUGGAUCCGGGAAUCAGAGACCGACUACAGCAGGCCAGGGAUACGUACUACAAGCAGAUUGGCGCCGCCCACAGGGAGAGGGAACUGGAGAGGGAGCGUGAACGGGACCGGGAACGAGAUGACUAUUCACAGAAACUGCAACCGGCUUUCGCUCUUCAGGAGGGCGACUGGAAGGCAGUGAUCGUAAACGAGCCCAAGGAGUACCGUCCUUAUUAUAACCCAGGAUCUCCCGUCCACUCGCAGCAUCCCUACUACGAGCACUACAAGCCCAAGGAGCUGCCCCAGAACUACAUCCACAAGCCGUCGGUGCCGCAGCAGUCCCUGCACACCAGCUACUCCCCCUCCAAACCACGGGUCAGCAUCUCCGACAACCAUAUCCACCAGAAGAAGGUGGUUCACACCACGCCCGGCCUGAAGCACUACAAGUACAAGGGCGUGUCCAAGAGCUAUGCCCGCCCUGACUACUCUAGCUACUUCCACCGCAAACCCAAGAAGCUGCGUCCCCUGCAUCCCAAGCAGAAGCCUCGCGCCCAGAGACCCGAAAAACAAGGACCAGUGCUCUUCCCCGACAUCCUGGAGGACGAUUUCGAUGACUUCGAGGAGGACGAGCAGGGCACAGCCUCGGCCAGCCUGGUGGAGAGCAUGGUGCGCCAGGAUAAGAAGCACAUGAUCCCCAUGUACGCGGGAGGACACAGUUUUAAAUCGAACAGCUAUCGCACUUUGGAAGGGGUGUAGAUUGUAGGGUAUACAGCUGUCGUAUAAGUGCUUCCUUAAUUUAUUUUUUCCGUUGUAUGCGUAAUUUAUUUGUUCAGUAUUUAAGCAUUUAGUUAUUGUUUGUUAAAAAUAAAUGAAUCGUG